GACAUCAUUCUCUGUGGAAGAAAGAAGAUAACAUUCCACUUCCUUCCUUCUGGGAAACACCACCCCUCCCCCAAACACCAAACCAUGACCGACUUGUUCUGUCCCGACUGCAAGCGGGCGACGGAGGUGGUGUUCGACCACUCCGCCGGAGACACCGUCUGCUACGAGUGCGGCCUUGUUCUUGAGGCCCAUUCCAUCGACGAGACCUCCGAGUGGCGUACUUUCGCCAAUGAGUCCGGUGACAACGAUCCCGUCCGAGUCGGUGGCCCCUCCAACCCCUUGCUUGCAGACGGUGGCCUCUCCACCGUCAUUUCCAGGCCCAAUGGGGCUUCAGGAGACUUCUUGUCCUCCUCGCUCGGCCGCUGGCACAACCGCGGGUCCAAUCCGGAUCGUUCGCUUAUUCAGGCUUUCAAGGCCAUUGCCACCAUGUCCGACAGGUUGGGACUUGUUGCAACCAUAAAGGUAUGAUGGUUACAAAGGAGGACUGUUUUAACUUAAUUCAAUAUGCUGAAAAGUGAUCUACAUAUCAUUCUUUUUCAUUGUUGUUACCUAGUGUUUAGGAUGGCUUAAUAUCCAUGUUACUUUGUUUGGGUUUAUCAUGAGUGGUUAUGUCAAAAACUUGAUAUAUCUUGUAUUGUGCUCAGCUGCUUCAGACGUAUAAUGUUCAUAUGAUCCAUUUGAGUGUAUUUAGAGAUGUAAGGACCCAGUUGUUAUGGGGCUAUUGAAAGACAAUCGUUUCACUAGCUGUUGAAUGGUUGAAAGAGUGUCUUUCAGGAGAAAGCAUGUACGUUA